AUGUCUUCGCUGCAGGAACGGCCGCCGCCAACGACUGCCUCGAUAGCUUUCGGAACCGCAAUCAUCGCAGCAAUCAUAGGCUACUUCUUGGGCCAAGCUUCUUCCAUCGGCGUCUUCGGCGGCGCGAAGGCCUCCGUGGUCAAGGCAGUGCAGCACACACAGUCAGCUGAGAGUUCGAGUAGCGAGGAGGUGGACGAACUGCUAGACGAGCAGCAGGAGCUCAGAGACUUCCCUGGAAGCAAGAUCGCAGCGCAAUGCUCUCACGCAACCCUCGCAUGCUAUAAGACCUUCCUUCGCCAAAACCCUGACUCGCCAAUACUUAAGCGCUGGGAGCGGUACGGUCAGAUGAAGGUGGCACUGCAGGUCAAAAAUGAGGAGGAGCUGGAGAUGCUGCAGGCGCAAGCGGUCAGCCUGGGGAUGUGUGCGCAGGUCAUCCAUGAUGCGGGCAGGACACAGAUAGCAAGUGGCAGCGCGACGGUGCUGGGUAUCGGUCCGGCGCCAAAGAGUAUGGUGGAUCAGGUUACGGGACAUCUAAAGCUGCUGUGA